CUCAUGGUCUAUACUCAAAAUGGAGUGCAGGAAACUGGAGUUGACCAUUAAUUCUGCACAUGAUUUACGAGAAGUAAGAAGAAUUUUCAAGAUGAAAGUUUACGCCAAGGUACUUAUCGGGGGUAACAAGACACUGGAGAAGCGAACUCCAGUAGACAAGCAUGGCCAGACCAACCCAGCAUGGCAUAAUACCAUGAACUACACUAUAACUGAGUCAUGGUUACAACACCAUGGCACCAUGCUCGUAAUUAAGCUCUAUUGUAAGCGUAAGCUUGGGGAUAGAUACAUAGGAGAAGUUCACCAGUCGUUGAAACAACUCUAUGAUCAUGCAUAUCCACUGGGUGGCAGUGCGGUGAUGUGUUUCCCGGUGCAGAUGGGCUCCGCUGAGUCACAAGGUCAACUUUGUUUCUCGUAUAGGUUUGGUGAGAAGGUGACCAUUGAGAAGCUAAUGCUUGCAGAAAGCAUUGCUUCUUUUUUACUAACUGGUCCUUCUGGUGCAACCUGAUCGAUGGAUCCGAACCCUAGUACAUAUAUACAACGAGUGAAUUUGUUUAAAGGU